CAAUCCUCCCUGCAGGCGGCCCCUCUUUCAGCUCUUUCUUUGCAUUCGCAUUCCCCCAGCAACCCGAUUCACGUUGCAGCGACAGCGAUACUAGCAGGCGUAAUUCACGAUUUACGAUUCGCAGGCGUCGCACAACGACAAACCCUGAGAUUAGGCUGGGUCACUAUCCAAUAUGAGUUCUCCGCUGAGAAGCAAUUCGAACUCUGCGAACCGCGGCCUGUCCGCCGCGGCAGGCGGGAGCCGGAAGCGAGCCAGAUCCGGCGCUGGCGAUGAUGGUAACACUCCGAGCGCCGCGGCCUCGAGCCCGCCGAUCCCCUCCUCUCCCCCCGCCUUUAACAUGGCGCACGGGGCAGAUGACAAUGACGACAUCGAGGAGGAUGAGGUCCAGGACGACAUUGAAGACCUCGACGAGAUGGCCGAGGAUGAUGUGGAUCUCUUUGGUGAGGGCUUCGAGGGAGACUACAAGGACAGGGAGAACGACGAAUAUGAGCGUAUCGAUAUCGACGACGAGGCCGACUACGACGCCAUGAGUCUUGGCGAGAGGAGGCGCCUCGAGGCUCAGCUCAACCGCAGGGAUCGUGAGGUGGCCCGCCGCCAACGCAUCCCCGCUGCCUUUCUUCCUGGAGAAGACGAGGAUGGCGAUAUCGACCUUACGGCCCAGCCGCGCCGGCGUCGUCACCGAUAUGAUGAGGAUCUGGACGAGGACAUGGAUGCCGACAUCAUGGAUGAGGAGCUCUCGCUUGAGGCUCUGCAGGACGUCAAGGCGUCCAGUUUGACCGAGUGGGUUUCGCAGCUGUCUGUCCAGCGCACCAUCAAGCGCGAGUUCAAGGCCUUCCUCACCGAGUACACGGACGAGCACGGUUCUUCGGUCUACGGAAGCCGCAUCCGCACUCUCGGUGAGAUCAAUGCCGAAUCGCUCGAGGUUUCGUACGACCAUCUGUCGGCGUCCAAGGCUAUCCUGGCCUAUUUCCUGGCCAACGCCCCGACUGAGAUGCUCAAGCUAUUCGACGAGGUGGCCAUGGACGUCGUGCUCCUGCACUACCCCGACUACGAGCGCAUCCACUCGGAGAUCCACGUUCGCAUCUUCGAUCUUCCUGUGCACUACACCCUCCGCCAGCUUCGCCAGUCGCACCUGAACUGCCUGGUCCGCGUCAGUGGCGUCGUCACCCGGCGUACUGGCGUCUUCCCCCAGCUCAAGUAUGUCAAGGUUGACUGCACCAAGUGCGGCGUCACCCUUGGCCCGUUCCAGCAGGAGUCCAACGUCGAGGUCAAGGUCACGUACUGCCAAAACUGCCAGUCUCGCGGCCCGUUCACACUCAACUCGGAGAAGACGGUGUACCGUAAUUACCAGAAGCUUACUCUGCAAGAGUCCCCCGGCACUGUUCCCGCCGGCCGUCUCCCACGGCACAGGGAUAUCGUGCUCCUGUGGGACUUGAUAGACAAGGCCAAGCCCGGCGAGGAGAUCGAGGUGACGGGUGUGUACAGGAACAACUACGACGCGCAGCUGAACAACCGAAACGGCUUUCCCGUUUUCGCUACCAUCCUGGAGGCCAACAACAUCGUCAAGGCUCAUGAUCAGUUGGCCGGUUUCCGCAUGACCGAGGAGGACGAACAGCAAAUUCGCAAGCUGUCCAAGGACCCGCAGAUUGUGGACAAGCUCAUCAACUCCAUCGCCCCCAGCAUUUACGGGCACACCGACAUCAAGACCGCCGUCGCCCUGUCGUUGUUUGGUGGUGUGGCCAAGACGGCCAAGGGCAAGCACCAUGUGCGUGGUGAUAUCAACGUGCUAGUCUUGGGAGAUCCGGGAACGGCCAAGUCUCAGGUUCUAAAGUACGCCGAGAAGACGGCGCACCGGGCUGUCUUUGCUACGGGCCAGGGCGCCAGUGCAGUCGGUCUCACGGCGAGUGUACGACGGGAUCCUCUGACGAGCGAAUGGACACUGGAAGGCGGUGCUCUGGUGCUUGCCGACAAGGGCACCUGCUUAAUCGACGAGUUCGACAAGAUGAACGACCAAGAUCGGACGUCAAUCCAUGAGGCCAUGGAGCAGCAGACCAUUUCCAUUUCCAAGGCCGGUAUCGUGACGACGCUGCAAGCCAGGUGUGGCAUUAUAGCAGCGGCGAACCCGAUCGGAGGACGCUACAACUCGACCAUCCCGUUCUCGGCCAACGUGGAACUGACGGAGCCCAUUUUGUCGCGUUUCGACAUACUCUGCGUUGUGCGUGACACGGUCGACCCGGCCGAGGACGAGCGACUGGCGCGCUUCAUUGUUGGCUCGCACAGCCGCAGCCACCCGUCAUCUUCGGGCGAGACUCAGGGCGGGGACGGCUCGAUGGAGGUCGAGCACGACUCGGAGCAGACCGAGACACAGGCGUCGGAUGGCCGGGACAAGGAGGGCGAGAUUCCCCAGGACCUCCUGCGCAAGUACAUCAAGUAUGCUCGCGAGAGGUGCUCGCCGAAGCUGUACCACAUGGAUGAGGACAAGGUCGCAAGGCUCUUCUCCGACAUGCGUCGGGAGUCGAAGGCGACUGGCGCCUACCCAAUUACUGUGCGUCACUUGGAAGCUAUCAUCCGGAUUAGCGAGGCCUUUUGCCGUAUGCGGCUGUCAGAGUACUGCUCAGCGCAGGACAUUGACAGGGCCAUCGCCGUCACGGUCGAGUCGUUUGUGGGCAGCCAAAAGGUCAGCUGCAAGAAGGCACUGGCCCGGGCCUUUGCCAAGUACACGCUGGCGCGUCCCGGAGCCGGGGCCGGUCGCCGAGUUGGGGCUGGUCGUGGCAAGGGAAGGGCCACUGCGACGGCCAGCGCGUAAAGGGGAGGAUGAGUCUAUCUUUUGUCCCGUGGUUCUACCUUGGUCUCGGCCAAUAUAUCCGGCACGACUUUGUGUUUUCAGUCACUUUCUAUUUGCUUUCUUGUGUUGUAAAUGCCGUGUUUGGGUUGAUGAGGGAGGGUUCAGCGGAUGUGAUGUGGGAUUUUGGGCUGGGGCUGGGGCUGGGACUGGGCUCUUGAAGUUUGGUAAUUGUUGAUGACGUGGAACAAGCUGCAAGGAACGAACGGAUGAAUAGAUCUGGAGGUCAUAUUGUUCGGAUCAAUGCACCAAGGGCGGCGGGCUUUCUCGCUUUGCACAUUGACAGUCCUGAUUUAACGCUUGCUCUCGAGAACCAG